CUGCGUGCCGUUACAGUUGGAAAAUCGGAGGAAAAUCGACAGCGAUCGAUCGAAUAUAUCAUCAAUAAUUGUGUUUAAUAAUUAAUGCAGCCGUGCAGUGGGCUGUAGAAACACAUUGGGAACGGAGAACGACGGCAGAGUCAAGUGUGCAACAGUUUCUACUUCUGUUUAAGUGCCCAAGUGCCAUCUAAAUACGUACUAAAACAUUUCAAGAAUUUUAAGUGGAAACACUCUCGAAUUCCGUGAACUUUCUCAAUUGUGUUUUUGGUGAAACAUUUACAAUUUGGUCGAAGGCGAGAGAAAUUCCAACGCAGAGGCAGAGACACUUUGGAUAUUUGGCAGGAAGCUUUUUGUCUUGGAGCAACGCACAUUGUGAGGUGUUGCAGUCACAUCAAACACGCUCCAGACAGUCCGCACCCCAUCCAAGCUGCCGAAUGAUCUAUGGAAUCCGCGAUCAUCCUCGCCCACGAGUGGAGCUCUUCUGGUGACAAGAUGGCUGCCAUAAAUCCAUCAACUCACUGAGUAUAUCGCGCACACCACAGCCCCACCGGCGGCAUUGUUUUUGGGGGAAAGUAUUUCCGUUACACCCACAAGAUAUAGUGAUCAUCAGGGGAUCAUCAUCAUCAUCGGCAUCCGAUUGCAAUCGUUGGAGAAGUGGAGGAGUGGCGGAGUGGCGGAGUGGAUCACUUCAAAGGCGCACACAUGUUGCACUGAAGAGGCAACUGUAGUUGUUUCCAUUAUAAAUUAGAAACUAGAAGAUCAGCGAUCUUCUUCCGGCGCAGGCGAACAAGGGCGAGCGGUCCGCACAGAGCGGAGUACUCUAAAGUGGAUUUCCGGUGAAUAAAAAACCAGCAGCACAUGCGACAAACUCCGGCAAGGGAGUUGCAGUUGCAGUUGCAGUUGCCGUUUCACUUUUGAGGGUGCUGCCUGCCCUUUUUUCCUUUCCUCCGGCAAGAGUUACAAAAAUAAAUAUCCUAAAAAUGGAUGCUGCCUGGAGUUGGCGAGUCAGUCCGUCGAGAGUCACAAUGAAGAGCGGUUCGCUGGGAAUACUGCUGCUGGUGCCUCUAAUUUUGCAGCCUUCGUGGCAAGUAGAAGGUCGUCGUCAUGUGGCCAGCAGUCAGGAGCUGCCCAAGGAUAGCUUGGCAGCCAGGCAGAACAGAACUCUACCGAAUGGUAUUACCAAUAAUAUAACCAAUCAAACCGUAACGGAUCUGGACGAUGGCAAUGCGGACGACGAUGAUGUCAAGGCGGAUCUCCCGGAAAGUGGCACUUCGAUGCCCUACUGGCGCAAUCCCAAGAAGAUGAGCAAGCUGCACCUGCGACCCUCCGGCUCCCUGGUCACCUUCAACUGCCAUGCGCUGGGCAGUCCGGAGCCCAACAUCACCUGGUAUCGCAACGGCACCGUGGAGCCCUUCACCCGCGCCUACGGCACCAUCAAGCGGAAUCGCUGGACCCUGACCAUGGAGGAUCUGGUGCCGGGCGACGGGGGCAACUACACGUGCAAGGUGUGCAAUUCCCUGAACUGCAUUCGGUACACCUCCCAGCUGAUAGUCAGCGAUCGGGUGAAUCACAAACCCAUCCUGAUAACCGGUCCCGUGAAUCUCACGCUGGAAAUCAACGAGAGCGGCGGCAUGGACUGCAAGUAUCUCUCGGAUCUGACCAGCAAGAAGGCCUGGAUCUUCGUGCCCUGCAAGGGCGUGAACAACUGUUCCAACAAUCGAUCUAUUGUGGGCGAGGAUCUGGAUAGGCUGAGGUUCGAGAAUGUGACCAUGGAGGAUGAGGGCUGGUACACGUGCGUGGAGAGCAACAGUCUGGGCCAAUCCAAUAGCACUGCCUAUCUGCAGGUGGUGCGCAGUCGCACGGACAUGGAGACCGGCGUGGUCAGUGCCACUCUGAACUCGACCAACUUCAUAGUCCUGGCCUUUUGCAUAUGCACUGUCAUCUUGAUGACCGUCCUCUUCAUCUACUAUGCCAUACGAAAAAUGAAGCAUGAAAAGGUGCUGAAACAGCGCAUAGAGACUGUGCAUCAGUGGACCAAAAAGGUGAUCAUCUUUAAGCCGGAGGGGGGAGGAGAUUCCAGCGGUUCCAUGGACACCAUGAUCAUGCCGGUGGUGAGAAUACAGAAGCAGCGCACCACAGUUCUUCAGAGUGGCAACGAACCGGCUCCCUUCAAUGAGUACGAGUUCCCACUGGACUCGAACUGGGAGCUGCCCAGGAAUCAACUCGUUCUGGGCGCCACCUUGGGCGAGGGAGCAUUUGGACGAGUGGUCAUGGCGGAGGUCAACAAUGCCAUUGUGGCGGUGAAAAUGGUGAAGGAGGGGCACACGGACGACGACAUUGCCAGUUUGGUGCGGGAAAUGGAGGUGAUGAAGAUCAUAGGACGCCACAUCAAUAUCAUCAACCUCUUGGGCUGCUGCAGUCAGAGUGGACCUCUCUAUGUGAUCGUGGAGUAUGCUCCCCAUGGCAAUCUGAAGGACUUCCUCUACAAGAACCGACCCUUUGGCAGGGACAUGGACAGGGAUGGUUCUCAGCCGCCUCCAUCGCCGCCGGCCCAUGUGAUCACCGAGAAGGAUCUGAUCAAAUUUGCCCACCAAAUUGCCAGGGGCAUGGAUUACCUGGCGUCGCGACGAUGCAUCCAUCGGGACUUGGCAGCCCGCAAUGUCCUGGUCAGCGAUGAUUAUGUGCUGAAGAUAGCUGACUUUGGCCUGGCCAGGGAUAUCCAGAGCACGGAGUACUACAGGAAGAACACCAAUGGCAGGCUACCCAUUAAAUGGAUGGCCCCCGAAUCGCUGCAGGAGAAGUUCUACGAUUCGAAGAGCGAUGUCUGGUCCUACGGCAUUCUGCUGUGGGAGAUCAUGACCUACGGCCAGCAGCCGUAUCCCACCAUCAUGUCCGCGGAGGAGCUCUACACCUACCUGAUGUCGGGGCAGCGGAUGGAGAAGCCGGCCAAGUGCUCCAUGAACAUCUACAUACUGAUGCGACAGUGCUGGCACUUCAACGCCGACGAUCGGCCCCCCUUCACGGAGAUCGUCGAGUAUAUGGACAAGCUGCUGCAGACCAAGGAGGACUAUCUGGACGUGGACAUAGCCAAUCUGGACACGCCGCCCUCGACGAGUGACGAGGAGGAGGAGGAGACGGACAACCUGCAGAAGUGGUGUAAUUACUAAGCGAAACUUACCAAGGAAUACCGGAAAGAGAUCAAAUUGUCAAUAGGAGAUUAUUUGAAAAGGGUUCAAGUGUCUACUUGCCUAUAUAGGAGGAAUCCUAAUAAUCUUUAAAAGAUCUAAGUUUACUACGAAAAAGUAUCGUAAAAUCCCAGGAAUUGUCCUUCGAAAAAACUAUCUACUUUCGAAUUUAUGUAUAUAGCUCUGAUAUAAGUCUGUACAUCUUCUGAACACUUCACCAAAAUUGCACCAAAGGCGUAAACCAAAAACUAGCAGCAGCUCGAAUUUAAACCCACUUUAGCUGUUACUUUAGAUAUACUAUAGGAGAUACAUUAGAAAGAAGUAAGACUACUAAUAAGCUAUGGUUAAGAGUCGGUUGUAUUUCUGUUGUAUUUCUGAUUGUACUGAUCUUUGUAGUAUUCGCAGUUUUAUACUCGCUAAAUUAUACUCGUAGCCCCUAAGCACAACAAUGUUCUAUCCUAGCGUUAGUUGCAUGCCCGCAGUGCCUUAUGAAACAAUAAAUGUUGUACCCCCAACUUGUA